AUGGCCGGAUCCUUCACCAUGCGUCCGACCCCAAUAUCCCCCGAGGUCCCCGACACUAUCACAUCAAGCUUCCUCUUGACGGAAGAUAAUGUCCAAUCGUAUAUUCAACGGCACAAGCGCACAGACAAUGCCUCAUUCAAGAACCACUUGGCUGCAAAUCGCGAUGGUAUGCUGACCUGCACGGUUGACUCCGUGGACCGAACAUGA